UGCGUGGUGCAGUCUGUGUAGGUGUUCCAGAAAAGUGUGCUGGAGCUCGGAAGGUAAGGCGUUGUGUUUGUCAACGCGGAGCUUUGACUCCUCACUGUCGUCCUCAGUUGUGGCUGCGUUGACUCCGCGCCGUCGUCCUCAGCUGUGGCAGUGUUCGCUUCUCGGGACUUCGCCAUGGCUCAGACGGGAGUACUGAACCUCAAUAACGAGGUUGUGAAGAUGAGAAAAGAAGUGAAGAGGACUCGAGUUUUGGUUAUUCGUAGACUUACCAGACAUCUCGCCAAACUGAAGUCAAAAAAGGGUACUGAAGAUAUAUUAUCAAAAAAUCAAAGACGAAUACAACGAUUACUUGAGGAAAUACAUGCCAUGAAGGAUGUAAAGCCUGAUGAAGUAACUAAAUCUGCUCUUGACGAUGAUAUCAACUUUGAAAAAAUCUGCAAAAAGCCAGAUUCUACGGCAACUGAGAGAGCAAUUGCUAGACUAGCUACACAUCCAUUACUGAAGAAAAAAAUAGAUGCGCUAAAAGCUGCUGUCCAAGCAUUUAAAGAUGCAAGACAGACUGUUACUGAAGUUGAAUCAUUGAAGGAUUCUUCAGAAGAAAAUUACAAUGAAGAGACAGAGAUAAAGCUAAACUCUUCUGACAGUGUUAAUAAAUUCAAACACCAAGAAAAUACAGUAAAAAAGGAAGAAAAUGUUAAGACAUUAUCAAAGAAGCCAAAUACACUUGAAAAAAAAAUGAAUAAAAUGGAAGACAAACAAAAAACAGAAAUUCCUUCAAAGGUGCCAUUAAAACCUUCUCAAGAGCCUUCUAUGAUUGCUUUUCAAACUGAAAAAACAGAAGAAAAAAAGUUUGCUAUCACCAACAAGAUAAAUAGAACAAAAAUUUCUACCAUCAUCACUAAUGAUGACAGUGAUGAAGAAGAACAGAGUGAAGGAGAGAAAGAAUAUUUUGAUGAUAGCACAGAAGAAAGGUUUUACAAACAGUCUUCACUGUCUGAAGAUAGUGAGAGUGAUGAUGAUUUCUUCAUUGGGAAAGUUAAGAGGACCAGAAAGAAGGAAAAUAGCUGCCAUUCUUCAGUUAAGGAACAAAAACUUUCCAAAAAACUAUCACCUGAAAAAGAAAAACUUGAGAGAUUGGAGAGUAUGGAGAAAAUGAAGCCAACCUCAAAAGCCAUGAGGCUAGAAUCAACAUUUUUUUCUUCUUUAUCUGAAAACAGAAGAAUAAGAAGAAAUGCCAGAGAACAGCUUCCUAAAAAUAGAAUUCCAGCUUUUCAACAAAAUGAACCUCAGAUCAAGAAUCACCUUGACAGGAGUAUAUUUACCAGGCCUGAAAAUAAGAAGCAGCAAUUGCAGCAGCCCCUUCAUCCUUCUUGGGAAGCAAGCCGGAAACGAAAAGAACAGAUGUCUAAAAUUACAGUAUUUCAAGGGAAAAAAAUUACAUUUGAUGAUGACUAGUAAUGAUUCCUUUUGGUGAAUUUUUACAUUAGUUAAGAAGCUUUCCCUAUUUGUUUGAUCUAUUUUUCUCUUUUUAUUUUUGUCUCUUUUUCUUUUGAUAAUUUUUAGGACGCAAGAGAUUUUUUUUUCUAUUUUGUUUUAAUUCCAGUAGUUUUAUAAAUUGAAUUUGUAUGUAUAUGGUGUACAUCUGCUAACUAAAUUACAUUUUAAAAUAGUAAUUACUAUAAUAAUGCCUGUAAGAAAAUUAUAUAUCAUGUUCUUGAAAAGUUUUCAUCACAUAACAUUUUGCUGUUUCAUAUUUAAAGAUAUUUUUGCAUUGUACUUUUGAUCCCAGAUUAUGCUGGUUUUGUUUAUUAUGGACAGUGUUUCACCUGUUCAGCUAUCUCUUAAAAGCAAGUAUGGAGAUAUAUUGAAAAACAAUAUAAGACUUUGGAAAAUAAAUUCACUUCUUAAGAUAAAAGCCAUAAAACAGUUUUCAAAAGUUAUUCCUGCUAUCAAAAUUGAAAAUAUCAAAGUUGCCAUAUUCAUGUAAGUAAUAUUAAUAUGCUGUAUUUUGAGAAAGUUAAAAAUGUUAUCCAUAUUUUUAUUUUCUUUGGUUUUCUAUGAUAGUCAGGUUGAACUCUUGUGGUGUUCAGGAUUGCCAGAUACUUUUUUUUUUUUAAUUCAGAAAUUCAUUGCAUAUAACUAUUAGACCAUAUCUUCUUAGGAAAAAAAAAAAAUCCCCAAGAAACAAUAUAUAAUUGGAGGUAAAUUUCAGAACAGAUCAAAACUGGAUAAUUGCUUUCACUUUCAAGUUGACUAAGGACAAAAUACUGAGAUGUAUUCAUGAAGAAAGGUACUACUACUGAAUAUGCUACAAGUUUCAUUAUUUAAUAGGGAACCCACCAUCCCCCAAAAAAAGCCUUAAGACUUUUUUUUCUUCUCUCAGCUGGGAUAAAUUAAAGGUUUUUGGUCAACUAAAUAAUAAGCAUGAUCAAUUCCAUAUGUACUAAGAGUUUACACUGCACUAAUGGCAGGAAAAGCCAUUUGGUUAGCAGGAAAUUCAUAAGCUCUGAAAAGUUAUUUCUACUUUUCAUUAUGGACUUAAACAACUAAGAACAUAGGGUCUAUAGAAAUGUUCCAGAAAAUGGAAGUUCUAAUAAGCUACCUUUGAGGAUUUGUUACAUUGAGAUGCCAAAGCAUGAGGUUAAAAAGGCCAUUGAUGGAAGAGGAAAAAAAAAAAUGCUAAGAAUUUCCUAGCUUUAAAAAACCUGUUAUACUGUGCCUUCUUCCCUUUGUCACCAUUCCCAAAUGUUCUCUCUUUCACCUCUCUUUUCCCUUCCUCUGUCUAAAAGGUCACUAUUUAAAUGGACAAGUUUUAAGUAUUUGUACUAAAAGGAACUUUUUAUUUGGAGUUUGGAAUGCGUGGGAUUUGGGGACAUCUACUGUUCUCUAAAGUAUGGUAUUGUUUAACAAAGAAUUCUAUUCACUUAAGCCUAAAAUUACCACAACCAUUUGUUUUGGUCUGUAGCAUUAUUAUUCCCUUUUUUUAGUUAAUGUGCCUGAAUUUAAUAUCAUGAAUACACAAAUCUGGGAGACAAUUAUUUACAGUAAUUUUUUGCAUCUACAAGUAUCAUUCACAAUUAGAAAUGUCUAGUAUUCAAUUUAUACAGACAUAGGACAGAUUUUGAUUUUUCCAGCUCACUGAAUGAAACAAUGAACCUGUCCCUUUUAGUGGGUCUAUAUGAAGAUAAUUGUAAAAGUUCUGAAAAAUUCAGAGCACGUUUAGGAUAUUAUUAUCGAAGUAUUAUGCAAUGCCUAAGUACCCCAUAACCGUACAUGGUAAUCCUCUUUGAGUUUUGGAACAUGUGUUUCUCUUCUAACAAAACUUGUUUUGAGAAAAAGCCAUCCUUCUGUAUAUUCAUUACAAAAUAAAAUUUUGUUUUGUUGUUUUUCAGAAAAGAUAGCCAAAAUUUUGUGCAUGGAAAAGAGCUGUUUGUUAUUUUUACAAACCCAUUAAUACUCCUCUCCCAAAUAAUUGUUUUUUUUCCAAUUUUAACAAAUAAAGAGCAAUAAUGUAGUAA